AUGCGAGGAAAACAGCCGAAAAGGAAGAAAGAAACCACUUCUGCCAAUAGAAACUAUAGAUGCAUGGGAUACCCCGAUUGCAACAUGAGUUUCAACAGAGCCGAGCAUCUGGCUAGGCACAUCAGAAAACACACGGGGGAAAAACCUUUCCAAUGUAACAUCUGCCUUAAAUUUUUUAGUAGAAUUGACAACUUAAGACAGCAUCAAUCUUCUGUUCAUUCGGACAUUGACCUGAUGUCCCUACGUAGACUGCAGCAAUCGGCAAUCAACAUUGCGAAUGAACAAAACUCCACGGCAAGAAUGUUCCCGCAACUCCGCCCGUACGGCAUCGUUGUCCAGCCUGCUACACAUCCUCACACUAUUCCAAUAGCGAGCCCCGCCAGCGCACAGAAUACCAUUGCCCUUUACACUUCACCGUACUUCCCGCAUGCCGUUCCCUCUGCUCCGAUGACGUUACCACAACUCCCCCCACCCCCAAUAUACGGUUACAUCCAACCACUGUUCCUGAACCAGCUGCCAAUCCAGAACCGCAAUAUCGUUGAGCUACCCCCAGAUAUGAGCGAUACCUCGACAUCUCCGUCGAGGGUGCGAGGUUUCGAUCAUGUAAACGACGCUUCGCCAGAUGCAAAGAGCUAA